AUGCCUCUGCCCCGACGCCGCUCCUCCUUCCUGGGACAGACGUCCACCGAGCGCCCGCCGUCCACCUCGUGUGGGAGGAUGGGCGCGGCCGGCACCACCGCCCCCCGCGGCGUUUUCGUAGGCCCUGCCGUGCCGGCGGGGGUUUCCUCUGGACUGGGCACGCGGGUGUCCCGCAGGGCUCUGGGCAUCAGCAGCGUGUUCCUGCAGGGGAUGAGGAGCACGGCGGCCCCGGUGCUGCCCCGGGCCGGAGAGCGGGCGGCGGCUCACGGGGCGACGGCGGCCGGACUCAACAGCUGCCUGAUGGAGUACAGAGACAAAGUGAGAGCCCUGGAGCAGCUGAACCAGCAGCUGGAGGAGCAGAUCCGACUGUGCCUGGACCGCAAGGCCUCCAGUGCCGGAGCCUGGGGGCCCCUCAGGAAGGAGUGGGAGGAGGUGUACAGACAGGUCAGUGAGGCCAUCCUGGAUAACGCCCGGCUGAUGCUGCAGACUGAAAACGUACAGGCCAACGCAGAGGACUUCAAGGACAGGUAUGAGAACGAGCAGCCCUUCAGGAGGGCGGUGGAGGAGGAGAUCAGCUCUCUCUACAGAGUGAUCGAUGAGGCCAACCUGACCAAGGCGGAGCUGGAGGAUCAGAUGGAGAACAUGAGAGCUGAGCUGCGCAGCCUGGAACAAAACCACGAGCAGGACGUGCGGGUCCUUUACAACCAGAUGGCGGGACGCGAGGUGGACGAACCCGACGCCCCCAUCGAGACCAGUCUGGACCAGAUCCUGGCCUACAUCCGGAGCCACUGGGAGAAGGUGAUGGAGAGGAGCCGCGCCGAGACCGACAGCUACCUGGAGUGCAAGGAGGCGCAGUGUGUGAGCAGAAGGCUGAGUCCUGAGGAGGAGCAGGUGGAGGCGCUGAAGUCCGAGUGCAGCGACACGGGCUGCAAGAUCCAGAGGCUGCAGGCUGACACCGAGUCCAUCAGAGCCCUGAAACGCGGUCUGGAGAACUCGCUGGGCGACGCCCGCCACUGGCACGACAUGGAGCUGCAGAACCUGGGCUCGGUGGUGGCCAAGCUGGAGGCGGAGCUGGCCGACGUGAGGGGCGAGAUCGAGCAGCAGCGGCGGGACUACGACACGCUGCUCAGCAACAAGCAGCGGCUGGAGCAGGAGAUCAGCAUGUACCACGGCAUCCUGGACGGCGAGGAGAGCCGCUUCCAGCCCGCCGAGACGCCAUGUUCAAAUGUGCCUGAGGUCGGUGCUGUAGCUCCUGCUGCUCCUGUGGCACCAGCAGCUCCUGCUGCUCCAGAGCCCCAGCCUGAGGCUCCAGGCCCCUCCAGCCCUCCAGGACAGUGACCUCUGGUGGAGGCUCUGACGCAGACUGACGGCUUCUGUGGACGUUUCCCACCAGAGUUCACAAACCAGGGUGACUUUACAGCGAUGUGACAUGGGAUG